AUGGCUUACCCAAGAAUUGUGGCAUUUGAUCUCGAUGGCACACUAUGGCACACGUGGCUUGACGGUACUAAAUUCGGGUGCAAAGGUUGCGUCAGCAAUACGCUCGAAGACAACCUAGAGAUUGUUGAGAACAAAAUCAGAGACAAGAAGAACAAACCAGUCAGAGUCAAGGUGUCUGAUGAUAUAUACAACAUCAUCAGUGACCUAAUCGGGAACCGGGUCCGAAUUGCGAUUGCUUCGAGGAACACUCACAAGUCCCUGUCUCUGUACUCCUCCAAAAGCGUCUGCUUUCAACGCAUGAACGUAAAUCCUAGGUGCGACCGCGCAUUGUGGCUACUAAAUGUGUUCGACCCACGAACACAUCAGUGGAGACCGCUCUCAGACUACGUUGUUUAUAAUGAGAUAUACAAUGAAUCUAAACGGAUUCAUUUUGAACGCAUAAAAGAGUAUAGUGGAGUUGAGUACCACAAUAUGCUCUUCUUCGAUGACCAGGCCGCCAAUAGCGAGGUAGAAAUGUGGCAAGGCCUAACUUUCCAGAAAGUGUCUCAUUCAUCUCUUGGUCUAAUGCUGGGAGAAUACCUCCAUGGACUAGAAGUAUGGCGCCGCAACCAAUACAUGAGGUGUCCAAUGCCGAAUGCAGGUCCCGAUCCACUUCCCAACCGACGACUAAUCGGCUAUAUCGGUACGGACUGGUACACCGGGCAGCGCUAUUCGGAAGGCAUGCGGCGCCUGAAGAGCAGCCGUCCGUCCCGGUGGGGUUGGGGCAUGUACGUUGCGGACAACCCGGAGAUGGCCGCCUUCUUCGUGAGGUGGGGACGGGAGAGCGACCCCGACAUCAAUAUCUACAUAUGUAGAUUGUUUGUUCGAGACUUCGAAAUCUUCAGACAGAUGGAUAAGGUCUGGGUCGCGGAAGACGGGUCGAUUCACCGCACGGACAACCACCAUAGCACCGAUGAACAGAUCGCGGAGAGCCAGAUUCGGCGGGAUAAGCUUAUCGCCAGGACUUUUAGAGUGGAAAAGCCUUAUGUUCUCUUCUCCAGGCACCACUGGAUGCGGGAGAUGCAGAGUUUCGCACGCGCGUCCACAUUUCUACGGGACUACCACGAAAAGUUCCGCGACUGGAAUAUCCAGUGGAACGCUGAGACGGAGCGAGAUAUGAGAAGGCAUAGCUGGGAUUGA